AUGGUCGACUUUUCCUAUGACUUGAUAGCUGAAACAAAAUUAAAUGAUUGUAUUUCCGUUAAAAAGUACAAAAACCCAAAAACAGGUCUCACAGUGGUUUUUGGUGACGUUGAAGGUCCAAUUGUUUGCGGAAAAUUCGUGUUAACCACAAAAGCUGAAGACAACGAUGGCUUGCCACACACGUUGGAACACCUAAUUUCACUUGGUUCGGAAAAUUAUCCGUUCAAAGGUGUCCUUGACCUUGUCGCUAAUCGAUGUUUGGCUAGCGGAACAAAUGCAUGGACAGACGACGAUCAUACAUGUUUCACAAUUGAUUGUGUCGGCGCCGAAGGAUUUCUUCGAACGUUGCCGAUUUAUUUGGAUCACAUUUUGUAUCCACUACUAACGGACGAGGCUUUUAUCACGGAAGUGCAUCACGUGACGGGAGAAGCGACGGAUGGUGGCGUGGUUUACUGUGAAAUGCAAGGCGUGGAAAACACGGCAAGUAAUCGCACGCAAAUGGAAUUAAUGAAAAAUGUCUAUCCAGACACGGGAUAUGCUUUUCAUGUUGGUGGCUUAAUGAAAAACUUGAGAGAAAGCACGACAAAUGAGAAAAUUAAGGAAUAUCAUCGAAAAUUUUACUCACCUGAUAAUUUGACGAUUAUUAUAACGGGACAAGUUGAUCCAAAUUCGGUUUUUGAAGCUCUUCUUCCUAUUGAAGAGAAAAUUUUAUCAAAAGGAAAAAGACCAACUUUUGAAAAUCCUUGGAAAAUUCCUCUGGAACCGAUAUCUGAAACAAAAGUCAUUUCAAUUACUUACCCUGAUGAUGAAGAAACUCACGGAAGUGUCAUGAUCGGUUUUCGUGGUCCAAAACUUCCUUCUGAACUAUUCUUGCACUAUGCUUGUAAAAUUUUACUCAGAUAUCUCUCUGAUACAACUACAAGUCCCUUGGAACGAGACAUGGUUGAAAUCAAAGAACCUUUCGCCAGCGGAGUUUGCUUUAGCGCUAUUGGAAAUCGUGAGGCUCUCCUUCGUUGCGAGUUCUAUAGCGUACCAAUUGAGAAAAUUGAAGAAAUUCAUGAAAAAUUCUUGGAAGUUUUGAUGAAAAUCGGAAAUGGCGAAGAACCAGUUGACAUGAAACGUUUAAAAGAAGUCAUUGAAAAGAAAAUCGUUGAAAAUUUAAGUGAAAUGGAAUCUUGUCCACACAUGAUGGUAGCUGGGGAGAUAAUAAGUCACUCAGUUUAUGGCGAAGAUUCUGAUUUUGAAGAUUGGUUCAGCUCGAACAAAGCUUAUCGUGAAUUGCUGAACAAAGAUGAGACAUUUUGGAUUGAUUUACUGAAGAAAUACAUUUUGGAAGCAAAUCAUGUCGUUGUGAAAGCAUAUCCAAGUGUCGCAGAAAAAAAUCGACUUGCAACUGAAGAACAGGAACGCAUUGAACAACGAAAGCUGGAACUAGGUCCUGAUGGUCUUCAAAAAAUGGCGGAAAUCCUAAAUGAAGCCAAACAUUUGAACGAUAUUCCGCCUCCUGAAGCGAUGAUAACUGACAUUCCUAUCCCAAGCUUUGAUGAUAUCUCAAGUCAUCCGGUUGAAAUUUUCCGUGCACCUGAAUUGCCUCUUCUGGAUGACUUUCCAAUCUAUACUGAAGCGAUCGAUAUUCACUCGAAUUUCGUUUAUAUCAUUAUGACAAUCAACACUGAAGACAUUCCUGAAGCACAACGAUCUUAUUUGAGACUUUUUCUGUGUUUGCUAGGACAGUCACCAAUCCAACGGGGAACAGAAAUUGUUCCUUAUGACGAAGUUGUCAACCAAUUAGAGGCUGACACGAUUUCACAAAGUUAUGAGAUCGGAUUUUAUGAUUGUGGAAGUUUUUAUUGUGGAGACUUUUCAAACCAUUUGUUCAUUUCCUUAACGGUAGAGCCACAAAAGUAUGAUUCGGCCGUUAAAUGGCUUGAUGAAAUUUUAAACCAUACGAUAUUUGACAAGGAUCGUAUUCGAGUGAUGGUGAAUCGACUCUUGAAUACAAUUUCGGAUUACAAAAGAGAUGGUUAUUGUAUUGUAAUUGCAAUGAUCGCAGCAAUCAUGUUCAAAGAAACUUCAAAUAUCGUCUUGAUGUCCUUAUUGAAACAGAAAAAGUUUUUAAGUGACUUACUGAUGCGUCUCGAUGAUGAAAAUGAAGUUGAAAGAAUUCUAGAAGAUUUUGAAACUUUACGAAAAUUGCUUAUGAAACCCAAAAACAUUAGUUUACACAUUGCUACUAACUGGAAAACGAUGGAAAUUGACUUCGUGACACCUUUUAAAAACUUUUUCGAAGAAGCUGAUCCAAAAAAAAUACUCAAAUCCGUUCAUGAUAACAACUUUAUAAUUCCCGAUGGAAAUUUAGAUGAAAACCUUCAUGGAGUGAUUGUUCCAUUAGGUUCCGUUGAGUCAUCUUUUCUUUACUCCACAAUCCCUUUUGACAAUGUUGAAGAUCUACCAGCUCUUAUGUUAUUUGCGCAAUAUUUCAAACAAGUUGAAGGUCCUUUUUAUCGUGAAAUUCGUGGCAAAGGUUUUUCUUAUUGUUAUGACAUCUUAGUUCUAAUAGAAAAUGGACUUUUAUCCUUUAAUUUAUACAUGGCGACAAAUUUAUCGAAAGCUUAUGAGACAGCUAAAACAUUGAUUGAAGAACACUUAUCCGGUAUUACUGCUUGGGACUUGAAUCUCCUUGAAUCUGCUCGCACUUCAUUAAUUAGUGAAAUUGUACAACGAGAAGAAAAUAUCGUUGGAGUAAUCAAGCAUGCGGUUUUAUCGACAUUUAAAGGGAUACCAGUUGGAUAUAACAAGGAAUUGAUCUCAAAAGUGGCUUCUGUAACAGUUGAAGAUUUAUCAAGAGUUGGAAAUAUUUAUGUUAAGUCCUUAUUUGGAACAGAAGCACGAACUGCGAUUGUUUGUCAUCCUGAUAAAGCUCUUGAAAUCAAAGAGGAAUUCGAAAAAAUGGGAUACUCACUGCAAAUUGAAACGUCGUUGGAUAGCAGCAUAUUGGCUUAA